AACCUUCAUCUGAACUUCCAUCUGAAAGACUGAAACCGAAAGAGAAAUCCAACUGCUUCAUCAUUAGCUUUACGACAUCACACCACUACCAAGAACCUCGCUAGCCAAACGUCAAGAUGCCACAAUACAUUGUAAUUAACUUUGGUCAAGAUAUCUAUCGUCUAAUGUGCUGAUUCAAGACCUAGAUCACUCUGGAAGAGGAUUCUACCAGGUCUAACGCCCCUGAGAAAUACGAACAGCAAGUGUAUUGUACAUGGCUAUCUGCAUAUCAGUAACUGACACAUAGUAGGGCUCUCAAAGCCGCUAAAGACCAUGGAGGAAGUAUUGCAGAGGGCAAUGACUUUGAUUGGGGUUUUAUGUAAGAGUGCUCUUCCUCAUUCCUCUCUCUGUCUCUUUUCCUCUUUCUCUUUCUCUUUCUCUUUCUCGCUUGCAUAUAACCUUACUGAUCGGGUGAAUUAGUGUCGACUUCCCUGAUGAUUCUGUUUCCGUAUCUGCAAUCAUGGAAAAUAAGACUUUCAAAACAAUUGAGGAUGGGCAAGGCCAAGUUACGACCCAAGAAGGUUAGAAAGAGCAGCCUGAAUUGUUUGAUAUAAUAUAUAUAUACAUAUAUUUGAUAGAUAGAGAAAAGA